AUGGUUACCGUCAGGCUUUCCGAGCCGCCUACCCUGACUCUCGACACCAAUGUUGGCCCCGAAUCCACCCCGAGGAGGAGACCCAGCACCGUCAGGAUUGAAAAGCUUCCCUUCCCGACAGAGAGUCUAGAGGUCAAGGCUCAGGAUCAGCCAGAGGACGAGACCGACGAUACACCACCGAGUGACCCUACGACACCCUUACCUGUCACGAACGCUACCCGGAAUCUUCAAGACGAGCUUGUGGACUGCGAGGACGAGGCCGAAGAAGAGGGAGACCGUAUAACUUCACUACCAGCUAGGGGAACCCUUCUCGAGACGCCCAUAGAAUUCAAGAGGUCAGAGGUAUACGAACAAGAAGAAGAAGAAGAAGAAGAAGAAGAAGAGGACGAAGAGGAGGUCAACUGGGACGAACUGCAGAAAUCCGAAGCACAAGAACCUAGGGACGCGGAUACAGACAGAUCUACAGCCAUGUUGCUGGCUAUGCUAGAGCAAGAGAACGAUAAGCUGGCGACGAACCCCAAGACCAUCAAAGUCCAAGCCGUGGAACAAGUGGCCGCUUCCAACCGCCCAAGACCACCAUCAAUGGCACAAUUACGGCACAUGGUCCACGGGCCAACACCACCGGCCUUGCGCUACUCGAUGCUCCCGCCGCCGCCAAUGACCGAUCUCGAGUUUUACGCCGCAUUGGUCAAGGACUAUCAACAGACGGCAGCUCGAUUGCCAACGCUUCUAUCGAACAAGAUACGAAAGGGCAUCCCUCCUCCGCUACGAGGCGUCGUAUGGCAGAGCAUGGCAGGUGCGAGGGAUUCGGCACUCGAGGAACAGUACGAGCGGUUCACGGGCGAGUCUAGUCCCUACGAGCCAAUUAUCGGCAAAGACCUCGGUCGGAGUUUCCCUGGAGUCGACAUGUUUCGCGAUCCCGAAGGCGACGGACAACGCAUGCUCGGUCGGGUGCUCAAAUGCUUCAGUCUCUACGAUUCGAAAAUUGGCUACUGCCAAGGGCUGGCAUUUCUCGUUGGCCCUCUCUUGAUGCACAUGCCCGAUAAACAGGCGUUUUGUGUUUUAGUCCGAUUGAUGGAACGAUAUGAUCUGCGAAGCUGUUUCCUGCCAGACCUGUCAGGGCUGCAUGUCCGCAUCUACCAGUUUCGAGAGCUUCUUCGAGAGCACAUGACACCAGUAUCGAACCAUCUGGAGGAAUUGCAAGUCGAUCCGGCGUACGUUUCACAAUGGUUCCUCAGCUUUUUUGCUGUUACAUGUCCCCUGCCGAUGCUGUUUCGCAUCUACGAUGUCAUCUUUGCCGAGGGGGCCCCGGAGACCCUGAUGCGGGUCGCCCUAUCCCUGAUGCAGAAGAAUCAGGCCCGGAUUUUAGCGUGCACCGAGCUCGAGGAUGUCAUGCAACUUCUCCUUUCGAGGGGUCUGUGGGAUUGCUACCAUUACAACGCAGAUGAGUUUGUGCAGGACUUUGUCAGUUUAUCGGGCGUUGUCACCAGAGAGACAUUGCUAUCGUUGGAGCAGGGGUACAGAGACGCGCAAAUUGCUAGCGCUAAUGCGGCGCGUUCCUCCGACGUGACCACUGCAGCCUCCCGAUUCCUCGGCCGCAUUUGGGCUUCCUCCACCAUCAUCUCCCCGAAGUCCUCCUCCACCCUCAGCCCGGGCCUCAUCGCUCCGUCACGGCCUUUGAGCAUGCUGCGCAGGAGCACAUCGAAGCAGAGCCUGGCCUCCACCCUCAAUUCGAUGGAAGCCAGCUCCGUCAGCGUUCUCAGUUCUGCAUCCACCGAAGCCACCUCCGUCUCCCGAGAUUCAUCAAACACCGACAGCGCAUCCAUCCGCGAAUCGACCCCCAUCCCCAGCGGCAAGGCCUUCAAUGGCGGCAAGAACAACAAGGAGAAUGCAUUGCACACCCAGAUCGAAGACCUCCUCACUGCAUUGACCGAAUUGCAACGAAACCAUGCAUCACUCGCAAACGAACUCGAAAAGGAACGGGAACAGCGCGAGGACGAUAAGCAAGCCGUUCGGUCGCUACUGGACGGUCUGCGCAAGAAGGCCAGCAACGACUCUGUCGGUACCGAUGCGAGCGUCGAUACUCUCAAGGCGACUGAUGACCCCGCAAAUGAGGCACGCGAGGGAGGCGAGGGAGAUGUGUCCACUGCCAAGACCAGCGAGCAGCAGGAUGGUCCCUCCCCAGGAGACCUAUCUCAACUCCUCGAUAACGUCGAAGAACGAUUCGGACGCCAUGGUAGCGGCAGCGUCGAACGCCGGAUGUCCAGAGGCGAAUCCAAAUCGCAAAUGCAACAGGAAUUGCAGCAACUCAAGGAUCAGCUCGCCAGCGCGGUAUCGCAAUCACAGGACUACAACCGGAAAAUGCACGACCUGGAACAAGAAAUUACCACCCUAAAAGAUCAAGUGCGGGAAUCCCACUCGCACACACGCAUCUUGCACCAGGACAAACAGCGACUGGAAAAGCAAAUACACACGAUGAGAGCGCGGGCAUCUGCCGCCGGUGCGGAGAGUAAUACUCAGCCCGAAGGUGACUCGCCUGUGAGGAAGAGUUCCGCCAGCGGUGCGAGCGGCUUGAGAGAGUUGAAACUUGGUAGGAGCACGUCGACUCCAUCUCAAGCUGGAUCGAUAUUCAGCAAGCGUUCCUCGUCAAUGCCAAAGCCUCACGACUCGACGCCGCCACCGACGGAUGACCAACAUGAGGCAUUGUUAUUGCAGCUCGUUGAGGCCAAGACUUCCGAAGCUAUAGCUAGGCAAGAGGCCGAAGAGACAAAACAGAAGCUUGAAAGCUUAAGAAAGGCGUAUAGUCUCGUCACCGGAGAGCCGUCGCAGUCACAUCCUGCGACAACGGCGGCAGGAACGGCAGCAUCAGCUGCCAUGGGCGUCUUUGGUCGCCUUACAGGAGCAGCGGCAGAGCCCGCCAAACCUGCCGCGCCGACGCCCGCCCCAGCAGCAGCAGCAGCAGCAGCAGCAGCAGCAGCUCCCGCGCCCGCGGCGGGAGGAUUCUGGGGUUGGAGGAGAUAA